AUGUUCCGUGCGAUGGAGCCCCGCGCGCACACCAGCGGCGGGGUGCAGCUGCGCGGAUUCGAGCCCCCGCGGGAGGAAUCCGCUCUUCCGGCGGAAGAGAUCCGCGCAGAGCCGCCACACCCGAGUUUUUCUUCUGGCGACGGCGCGCGGGUGCGCGGAAUGACCAAGAUGAGCCGCCGCCUAUGGGGAAGCGGGCGCCCCUGGUCUCCCCCCAGAAUGUACAGCCGCCGCCUGUGGGGGAGCGGGAGACCGUGGUACCCAGAGGAACGGGGGUGGUCGACUGCAGCAUCAAGGCACUUCACCCAUACUGUUCCUCUCCACCACCCUUCAAUCAUUACCUCCCCCAUCAACAUAUAUCAUUCACCCACUCAAUUUCCCCACCCACUCCUUUCCACCACCCACUCCUUUCCCCCACCCACUCCUUUCCACCACCCACUCCUUUCCACUACCCACUCCUUUCCCCCUCCCACUCCUUUCCCCCACCCACUCCUUUCCCCCACCUACUCCUUUCCCCCACCCACUAAUUUCCCCAACCCCCUCGUUUCCCCCACCCACUCCUUUCCCCCACCCACUCCUUUCCCCCACCCACUCCUUUCCCCCACCCACUCCUUUCCCCCACCCACUCCUUUCCCCCACCCACUCCUUUCCCCCACCUACACCUUUCCCCCACCUACUCCUUUCCAUUCCUCCACCCACUCCUUUCCCCCACCCACUCCCGAUGUCUGGCUGUACGGCAAGGAAAGCUCGGGACUGGUACUAGACCUGGUGAAUAACCCGGUUGGGCCAUUCCUUCCACCUGCUCAAGCCAAGCUGGAGGAGGCAAAUAAGUACCACUCCAUCUGUACCUCUCAGAGCGAGCUGAUGUCAUGCUAUGGCAUAUCGUUCAACCAACAGUCUCCCUCCCCACCAUAUCCUUCUAAUCAAAUCCGUCCAUAUCCUGUCAUACCCCCCCAUACCCUCCAUAACCAUCCACAUCCUUCCGCACCCCUCCAUACCCCUCCAUACCCCUCCAUACCCCUCCAUUUCCCUCCAUACCCCUCCAUUCCCCUCCAUACCCCUCCAUUCCCCUCCAUACCCCUCCAACCCUCAUACCCUUCUCAGAGCGAGCUGAUGUUAUGCUAUGCAUAUCAUCAUCAUGCAGUCUCCCUCUCCAAAUUUCCUUCCAAACCCCUCCAUACCCCUCCAAACCCCUCCAUACCUCUCCAACAUCACAUACCCUUCUCAGAGGGAGCUUAUGUCAUGCUAUGGCAUAUCGUUCAACAGCCUCUUCACCAUCACCAACAUGCCUGUCAAGAGGUCUCUGCCUUCAACCCGGCAGCAGUGGGCAACGAGAUGUGCCGAAACCUCAUCCGCUUUACAAUCCCACCCCAUCUUCCGCCUCUUCCCCCCAACCCUUUCUCUCCCAUUCUCUCCCCUGCCUCUCCCCUCACCCGCGCAGAUCUCUGCCUUCAACCCAGCAGCAGUUGGCUACGUGAUGUGUUUGUUUAG